UUAUAGAGGGUUUCAGAGCCAUCUCUCUCCAAUUUGGAUUAUCUUGGGGAGAUAUUCAUAUUAUUCUCUCCACCUGCUGUACAACUGAGGAGAAGAAGAGGAUGUGGUAUCUAGCCCAGAAGUUUGGGGGGGAUGUUAUAUCCUCACCUGCCAGAUACUGUGUGGGGGCUACAUCCGUCCCAAUUGCAGAUCCUGUGUGGAAUUAUCAAAGGGAUGCAGACAGGGACAACCUGGUUGAGGGGAUGAAAAAGGGCUUUAAAAAGCAAGUAAAUUAAGACAAAAUCAGGGAAGUAACCCAGGGAGCUGAUGAGAACCCAGCUCUUUUCCUGGGCCGGUUAGUAGAAUCCUUAACACGAUUCACUAACCUGGACUCUAAUUCUCUGAGGGAGCAGCUAUCUUUGUUAUGUAUUUUAUUAGUCAGUCUGCCCCACACAUUCAGGGGAAACUUAGGAAACUGGCAAUGGGACCCCGAACACCUCAGACCCAACUAUUGGAGCCUUUAACAACAGAGACCCAAUUUUGGCAGAGGAAAAAGACCGUAAAGCUAGGGCUAGAAGUAAAAAGCAAGCUCAGCUCCAGGCUCAGCUUAUGGCUGCUGCCAUAGCCGGCAACUCCAGUAGUGCUCCUGGCAUCUUGAGUAAUGGGGAAACCCAUUUCCGAUGCCGUAAGAUGGGUUGUUGGUCCUGUGCCCUUCUAGGACUUCUCCUCUGAGGAAGCCUCCGGGACCGUGCCCACUCUCGAGGGCAGCCUUCUCCCAGUGUCCUGCCCUCCAGUCCUCUCUGGACUUGGAAUGACUGGACCCAGGGCCUGGCUUUGCUCUCACCUUCUCCAUCUCAAUGGCCGACCUCUGGGUGUCCUUUGAUGUGGCAGGCCAUGCUGGGAUCUGAUUAGGCAUAACCAGAAGGCUGUGCAGAGGAAAAUAUGUGGAAGACUUCACUGCUGCCCAAGGUCCUGACUUUGGGGGUCCUGGGCCUCCUGAUUCAAGCCCCAGGGCAUCAUGCAGAUGACCUCAUCAGGACCACUGAGUCUGGACACAUCCAAGGGACUCAAAUCAGUAUCAAGGGGACUGACAAAGUUGUCAAUGUUUUCCUGGGAAUCCCCUUUGCCAAACCCCCUGUGGGGGCCCUGAGGUUUUCUCCUCCACAACCACCAGAUUCAUGGAGCAAUGUGAGAGAUGCAACUACUUAUCCACCUAUGUGUUUGCAGGAUGUUGCUUCCCUAGAAGAAAUGACAAGGGCAGUGAAAAUAAACCUCUCUACAACUGCCAGUUCUGAAGACUGUUUGUACCUCAAUAUCUAUGCUCCUGUGCAUGCAACGGAGGGGGCCAGAUUGCCGGUGAUGGUGUGGAUUCAUGGUGGUAGUUUCAUUUUUGGCGGUGCUUCCACAUAUGAGGGUUCGAUAUUGUCUGCCUCCCAGAAUGUGGUAGUGGUCAACAUCCAGUAUAGGCUGGGCAUCCUUGGGUUCUUCAGCACUGGGGAUGAGCAUGCACCUGGCAACUGGGGUUACCUGGAUCAGGUGGCUGCCCUGAGAUGGGUCCAGAAGAACAUUGCCCACUUUGGAGGAGAUCCUGGCCUUGUGACCAUCUUUGGCGAGUCAGCUGGGGGGACAAGUGUUUCCUCACAUGUUCUGUCUCCCAUGACCAAAGGCUUGUUCCACAGAGCAAUCAUGGAGAGUGGAGUGGCCAUCCUCCCUGGCUUGAUUUCUUCCAGCUCAGAAAUGGUUAUGAACGUCAUUGCCAAUCAGUCUGAUUGUGAUGGACACAGUUCUGCCUCCAUGGUUCAGUGCCUUAGGAGCAAAUCUGAGGGCGAGAUCCUGGCCAUUACCAAGCAUUUUAGGAUAUUCCCUGGUGCAGUUGAUGGACAGUUCCUCCCCAAACAUCCUGAAGAGUUGCUGGCUGCAGGAGAGUUCCACCACGUCCCUUCCAUCAUCGGUGUCAACAACCAUGAAUACGGCUGGAGUAUUCCUGCAGGAUCAAACAUUCUUGGAUAUAAUGGAAAAAUGAAUAAAGAAAAAAUCCAAUCAAUAAUGAAAAGUCCACUUUUGGGUCUUCCUCCUGAAAUUGCACAUUUGGUGAUGGAAGAGUAUUUAAGAAAUACUGAGGACCCAGGAGAAUUUCGAGCUAAAUUCCAGGAUAUGCUGGGGGAUUUGAUAUUUGUUAUUCCUGCCCUCAAAGUGGCCAAAUAUCAACACAGUCCCAGCUCUCCAGUCUACAUUUAUGAAUUUCAGCACCGACCAAGCGUACUUAAGGAUGCCAAGCCGGAUUUUGUGAAGGCAGACCAUGGUGAUGAGCUGCGUUUUGUCUUUGGACUACCUCGUAAGCAGUGGAGACAGGUGUUAUUAUUAUCCCCAUGUUUCAAACAAAGAAACAAAGGCAGACAGAGAUUAAGUGACUUGCCCAGGGUCACUCUUCUAGUCAACAUCUAAGCCUGGAUUAGAACUCAAGUCUUCCUGAUUUCCAGUCCAGCUGAACCUCGUUGUUUUUUGGGCAGAGACUCAGUUAUGGAGUCAGACAGUCGAGGCCAACAGAAGCCCUGGGACGUCUUCUAGAA